CCUCCUCUCACUGAGGAAGAACUCAAGGAGUGCAGGAAGCUGUUCCCGGAGAAGCUCGUGCGGCUCUGCGACCCCAACGGCACCGUGAUAGCCGAGGAAGAGCCGUUUCCAGGUGGCAUUCUCGACGAUACUCCCUUGGAGCACUUUCCAUACAACCAUCCGUUCAUGUUCAAUCGGAACCCCUCUGAAGGUAUAUGGUUCCGUGUUCCCAACGGACGAGGAUGGGUCCGUCCAAAGCCGGUGAACGAGAGCCAGGAGGAGGAGGAGGUGGAGCUAGAUCCUGAUUGGAAGGAGUACUUCGCCAAGCAUCAAUACCGUACGCAUCACAAGCGAAAGGCGGAGAAGAACGUAGGGAGCAGAUACAGCAACGGAGAGGAAGAUCAAGACGAGGAGGACGAGAACUGGAAUUGGUCACAGCUGGAGCCAGGGAAUGGAAAUGGCGAAGAGCCGACGAAUCGGAUCUCCGUCGAAGAUUCUCUGCGGUUGGCCAAGAAGUUGGGGUAUUGACCUGAAACUCAAGCACGGACGACUUGCUCUCAGGACCCUUUGCUGGCGAUGCAAGACUAGCAGGUCAGUAUGGAAGAAGGAGCGUUGGUGGGAGGAGCAUGGGGAGG